AUGAGCAACCAAAAUCCAUACCAGUCUCGUAAUAUUGCGUCCGAGGGCUAUGAAAUGCAAGGUUAUGGCGGCCAAGCCAUGGGUAGUUCUGAUAACGAUGAUUUCGUACAGUUUAUGAACGGUAUUAAUGAAGUUAAUAGAAAAUUGGAUAACUACUCACAGUUAAUCAGUCAAAUAGAAGCAUACCAGAAAAAAUUAUUGACCGAGGUAAACGAAGAGCAAGAAAUUAAUUUAAGAAGGCAGUUAGAUGGCUUUGCCUCCCAGGCGUCUGAUUUGCAAUACCAGUUAAAAAAUGAGAUUAAAUACCUACAACAACGUGCCAUUGGAGACCCAUCCAAGGUCGCACAGGCCGAGAACAGCAGACAGCGGUUCUUAACUUUAAUUCAAGAUUACAGGGUCACUGAAGCCAACUACCGUGAGGAAAAUAAGCAACAGGCCAAGAGACAGUACCGUGUGAUCCAGCCUCAGGCGUCGGAAGAAGAAGUCGAGGCUGCUAUAAGCGAUGUUGGUGGCCAGCACAUUUUCUCGCAAGCUUUGCUUAAUGCUAAUAGACGCGGAGAAGCCAAGACUGCAUUAGCGGAAGUCCAAGCCCGUCACCAAGAAUUACUAAAAUUAGAGAAAACCAUGGCCGAAUUGACCCAGCUAUUCAAUGACAUGGAGCACUUAGUUAUAGAGCAAAACGAACAAAUCGAGGACGUCGACAAACAGGUUGUCGAAGCUCAACAGGAUGUCGAGCAGGGUGUCGGCCACACUAACAAAGCCGUCAAGAGUGCCAGACGUGCCAGAAGAAACAAAAUUAGGUGUAUUUUAAUUUUGAUUUUAAUCCUCAUCAUCGUGGCCAUCGCAGUUAUCGUUCCACUUGCAACAAGGCACUGA